CGACGCCUGCUGCCCCGCCAGUCGCCAUCGGGCGCUUGUCAACGCGGGAUUUAUAUCAAAUUUUCUCCUGGUUCUUAUUUUAAUCAUAUUAAUUUCCUGCGUGCGGUUUGCAGGACGCGAUGGCCCCCCACGUCACCUCACUUCCAAAAAUCUAGGUUCGAGUUCAACCUUGCCUUAAAUGUAAAUGAAAUUUAAUGACACUCCAUAUUACCUAUAAUAAUCACUUUAUGUUAAUGUUACGAACACUUUACAAAACACAUCAAAGCAUGUAUUUAUUGUUCUGUUUUAGUAACAUUAACUGCAUUAUACUUUGUCGCCUGAACAUAAACCCCCGGAUUGAAGUGUUCGAGACGGUAAAUUCCCAAGCAUGUGUGCACUGCUCUUGUAACAUCUGUAAGGACUGCUCCCUUACAGAUGUUACAAGAGCGGCAGGGUCGCUGUGGUCUUAGUUUUAAAUUGUGGUAGGCCUGUAUGAUUUGGUGACAUAUCGCCGUAGAGUUAUGAAUCAUAAUAACAUAUCAGUCAUCAUAACUUAUGAUGUAUUAUUAAUAUUAAUCGCACCGGUAGUGAAUGUUCCUGGAAACCAUGGAGAAGGGUAACAGGAAAGUUCAGUAUCUCGUUACACUAUGUGCAUCUGUAGCAGCCGUAACAAUGGGUCUUUCAUCAGCUUGGCCCACACCUGUUAUCCCAAAAUUGAAGAACAAUGAAACCAACAUCGAGAUAACAAAGGACGAAGUAGCAUGGAUGUUAUCGAUGUCAGCUCCAGGUUUCAUGGCAGGCAGUUUCGCGAGCGGCUUUAUGUUAGACCAGCUGGGACGUCGUUCAACUUUGCUUUGGAGCGCAUUGCCUUAUGGGCUGGGUAUGACUAUGGCAGCAAUUUCAGUAUCUCCAUGGAUGUUGUAUCUGACUCAAUUCCUGUGGAGUGCUGGAACAGCAAUACUUAGUGUCGUAAUGACUAUCUACUUUGCUGAAAUAUCAGACAAGGAUAUCAGAGCAUCUUUGCAACUCCUAACCAAGUUCGCCUUCAAUUUAGGCUGCUUGCUUACGAUGUGUGUGGGCCCACUUCUAUCCUUUUCGACUCUGAAUUAUAUACUACUGGUGAUGCCAUUCAGUUAUUUCGUUGCUUGUUUUUGGAUUCCGGAGUCCCCAUAUUUCUAUUUGAAGGAAGGAAAAGUGAAAGAAGCUAAGAAGGUCUUAGCGACAUUGCGAGGCUACAACAAAAAUGAAAAGCGCCUAGAAGAAGAUUUCCUACAAAUGCAAGAAGAUGUUAAAAAAGAGACGCGUCGUUCCAGCUCUCCCAAAGAACUGUUCACUAGAAAACAGUAUAGAAAGGCAAUCAUUAUUGCUGCCGGUUUAAAAAUGACGCAAAUAAUGACGGGCGCGGUAACGAUACAGCAGUAUUUGGGCCUGAUUAUGGAAGACAGUGGUAUUGACUGGACAUUGCCCAAGAUUUGUAUUACUUUCGGAGCUAUCAGAUUUGUUGUCAGUCUAUUGCCUUCAGUGCUAGCUGACAAAUUGGGACGUCGACCUCUUCUUAUUUACUCCUAUUUCGGAGUGACGGUCUGUCUCGCUGUAGUCGGUAUUUAUUUCUUCCUAAUGGAAGUGAUUGGCCUCAGCAAAGAAGUUCUUAGUCCAUAUGGCUUCAUUACUCUGACUGGAAUCAUUUGCUCCAAUGUAAUUUCUACUAUAGGAUUUCAGUCAAUUGUACAUGUAGUUGCUGGAGAAAUCUUUCCUUUGAAUGUUAAAGCGACAGCUAUGACGGCGUUAAGUAUCUUCGGUGGUGUAUUAAGUUUCCUGGUGGCACGAGGGUAUCAAAUUUUAAAAGACUGCUUGGGUCUAUGUGGUGUGUUUUGGAUAUUCGCCGGAGUAGCUCUCUUUGGAGCAAUAUUUUCUAUCGCAAUCAUUCCUGAGACGAAAGGAAAGAGUUUGAGAGAGAUACAAGAACAACUGCAGGGUGAUUUCUAUUAUGAAGAUGAAGUGGCUACAGAGAAUAUGGUUAUACCUAAUGGUACUUGUGAAAGUGGUAAUGAUGACGUUGAGUUGAGAGAAUUGAAGAAACACGAAGUUGCUUGAAUAAUUUUGAUACACAUAUAUUUUUUGGUAAUUGUAUGAAUGAAACAAUUUAUUUUACUGACAGUAACGUAUGUUGCAUUUAUUGAAUAAUGAACUGCAGGCACUUAAUAUAUUUGCUGCUCAGGUAUACCCAGUAGAGGCAGCGCAGUACCGAACCUUUCAAAGAACUAUACCUUAUUGUUGAGAGGCUAAUUUAGGUACACUUUUCAUUGUCCGUGGCGGAACAAACUACCGAUGACAGUAUAUAAAUCACUGCGCGGCUUUACUCCUUUUUAUUUUGCAUUGAAAGAAACGUAUACUUUGUUUUGUAGAUGAUAUGUUUUAUAUUACAUAGCACUUUGCAACGUGCCUGCGCACUGAGCGACUCGGUGAUGCUCGGCACCUCGUGCUGCAUCUUCCUCAUUUUAGAAUCUCCUUAUCUGGUAGAA